AUGAAUCUAAAGUAUCGUAAAUCUACUGGAUGUCCUUCGAACAAGAUCGCUUUCUGGCUGGUGACUUUGGCCGUCAUUUGGAUAUCCUCUAGACCUGAUCUGUGCUGCCAUAACUGCGUGAAUACAGAUUCUGGGUUUUGUGAUGUAAUCAAUGCACGAUCGAUCGAUAUCAGUCGUUUCACUUUGCUGCCUGUUUUGGUUAAUCGAUUCCGCAAGUUCAACAAACGUGUUAUUGCUCCUCUUCACUGUCAUCAGUCCACUUGGAACAAACACGGUUAUCUAUGUUCCUCACCUCCUGAUUUUGAUCCCGAUAUAGAUAUAACCAUUUACAUGGAUAUCGCCACCAACCCUGGUCCUGUUCCACCUAGUAGAACUGACAAUAACAAUCUAAAAGUCCUGUAUUUAAAUGCUCGAAGUAUAAAGUCUUUCAUCUCUAUUGACAACAACUCUUCCAACAAAGUUUGCAAAAUAACUUUACUUCAAGAAUUGGUUUAUGGGGAUCAUUACGAAGUGGUCUGUAUCUGCGAGACGUGGUUAAACAAUACUAUCCUUGACUCAGAACUUCUUCCGGGCUUCAAUAUCUCUCGACAAGAUAGAAUGGGUAAGAUCGGCGGCGGUGUGUUGAUUGCAGUAAAAGAAGGCUUACAAGCUACUCGGCGUUGUGACCUCGAAAGAAAUGGUAUUGAAUUAUUGGUUGUACAACUCAAUAAAGCGAACAAUAAACUGGUCAUUCUUUACGUAUACUAUCAUCCUCCUGGUACUUGUUCUGACGGUCUUAAUCUUUUAAACGAUUCACUGCUUAGUAAUCCGGAAUCUAGUUGCAUCGUGUUAGUUGUUAAUAUUCCUUUUACCUCAUGGUCAGAUAAUAGUUCAACUCCAAAUAAUUCUGGUGGAUGUGUGAAUGGGGACGUCCUUUGUGAACUUAUAAGAGAUAAUUUUCUGCAUCAAUUUAUAGAGGGUCCAACCCACCGUGCUGGAAAUAAGCUUGAUCUGUUGUUUUGUAAUCGGGCUGAGACGAUAUCAGAUGUACUAACCUCUCCCUCUAACGAACACAACUUCCCAACCGAUCAUCACAUCAUCGAAUUCAGCAUAUGUACGAAGUUCACAAGAGCAAAACCUGUGCGACGUGUGGUUUAUGACUACAGACAAGUUGACUUUCCUGCACUACGUAGAGCUCUGACUGAAGCAUGUUUAGACAUACCUCUCACGGACGAUAUCGACAAAUGUUGGGAGCUGUGGAAGGACAAUUUUUUAUCCAUCGUCACCAGUUUUAUUCCAACUAAGAUUGUGAAGGACACCAACUCUCCUCCCUGGAUUGAUGGCGAAGUUCGUCAUCUGAUACGUAAGAAAUAUACUGCUUUACGGAACUAUAGAAAGAACAAAACAGCGGAACGAAAACUCAAGUUGCGUACUUUGUGUCAGCAGAUCAAGUAUGCAAUUAGAGCUAAACAUAAAAUAUAUCUUGCGAAGAUCGAAGCAUCGUUCAAGGAAAAACCCAAAAUAUUCUGGAAAUAUCAUAAAGCAAUACUUAAUUUCCGUUCCGCUCUAAAUCCUGUUAUAACUUUUAAUAACCAUAUAGCGAAGUCUCCAAGAGAAAAAGCAGAACUUUUCAAUACAUAUUCUGUGUUUCGUCCAACUAAAACUACCGUGAACCCUGAAGUAUCCACCUCUUUGCCGCUGACCUCUACCCAAUUGUCAGAUAUAACCAUCUCAGAAGAAGAUGUUGUGCAGCAUCUAUCAGUCUUGGGUCCAUCUAAAGCCACUGGUCCUGAUGGCAUUCCCGGUCGGGUUCUAAAGGAAUGUAGUUCUGUCAUUGCUCCAAGCCUUUGCUCACUUUUCAAUCAUUCUCUUCAUUCUGGAACUGUACCUUCUGAAUCCGCUAAUGUAACACCAGUACAUAAGAAAGAUAAGAAAGAACCUGGUACCAACUACCGACCCAUAUCACUGUUAUGCAUUAUUAGCAAAGUCUUGGAGCGAUGCGUUUGCAAUCGAUUUUACGAUCAUGUUCGGGAAAUGAUCAAUAAAGCACAGCACGGUUUUCUCCAUGGACGAUCAUGCGUGACACAACUUCUGUCCACUCUACAUCAUAUUGGACAAUUACUAGACAGAAAUAUCCAGACAGACGUUCUUUUUCUAGAUUUUGCUAAGGCCUUCGAUUCCGUUGAUCAUGGUAUCCUAUUGAAGAAACUGAAGGCUUAUGGUAUAUCAGGCAACCUUUACAAUUGGUUCACUGACUAUUUACGUGGACGUACUCAGCGUGUUGUUGUCGAAGGUGUUGCUUCAGAAUGGUCUCCAGUCACCUCAGGUGUCCCACAGGGGAGUAUCUUAGGCCCCAUGCUUUUCCUUCUAUUCAUCAAUAAUCUCCCUGAUGUAAUACCUCCAACAACUUCAACAGGGCUAUAUGCUGACGACACAAAGCUGUAUACGGCAAUAACAUCUCGCCAGGAUUGCGAUAAUCUACAAGAAGCUUUGUCAUACGUUGACGAUUGGAGUAAGGAAUCCAACAUUAACUUCAACACGUCUAAGUGCAAAGCCCUGACAAUAUCCCGACGUAAACAACCGAUUGUGUUAAAUUACCAUCUUUGGUCCGCAGAAUUGAUACGCGUAGAUAGCGAAGUUGAUCUAGGGAUCACCGUUACCAGUAAUCUCUCCUGGAAUAGGCACAUUACAAAACUUGUUACGAAGGCAAAUUCAACGCUGGGUUUAUUACGGAAAACUUGUCCCAUGUUAACGAAUUGCGAUGCUCGAAGAACUUUAUACCUGUUACUUGUGAAAUCACAACUAUCUUAUGCCACAGAGAUCUGGUCUCCGUAUCAGUCGCUUAAGAGAAUUAGCUUGGAAAAACUACAAAGACGCGCCACGAGAUGGAUCCUCCAAGUGAAGAAAG